AUGCCUAUCAACAAGUGCAUCGUGAUCGGCUGCUCGUCCACCAAGGCCACUGCGAGGCUGUUUUCGCUGCCGCGAGAUGAAGCGUUGCAGGCUUUAGCUACUGAUAAAGAUCAGUCCAACUCAAUGCUGAUGCCAGAUAAUGCUAAGACUGUAGAUUCAGAACCUGUAUCCUGCCAUGUACAAUCAGAGCCACAUCUGUUAAAUGUGGAAAUUAUUGCUGCUUCUGAAGGGGCAUCAACGCGUCAAGUUGAUGCAAAUGUAUCCCCCCAAGCUGUUCACAGGCCAUCGAGUCCAGUUACAUCCAGCACACCUCCACCACACAAUACUUAUAACACAAUACCAGGAGUAUCAAGGGACAGAAUUGUUAAAAACAUCAGAAAUCUAACACCGAAAUGUAGACAAAUGUACCACAAAUGUCGAAACAUAAUUAAUUCCAACCGGCGGCUAUUGCGAUCUUUCGAAGAAAAUUUAGAAAGGGCCACAAAUUUGAGCAAUAAGGAUUGCUUUAAACAAUUAAUUAAAAAUUUAACCCCUCAAGCAAAGUUAUUCUUGAUGAUGCAAGUAAGUAAAUCAGCUGGGUUAUACUAUAAGGUGUGUUAUUAAAGUAUGAAAUUGCCGUUUUGUAUGGAGAAUUUACGAAAAUUAUUUUUCCAUAAUAAUAUAAACAUUUUUGCAAUUUUUUAAGGAGCCACAAUCUGAGCUUUAUGAAAUUUUGUGGGUAUAUUGAUACAACAUUAAACUUACACAUUGAAAAAUAGAACACGCCCUUCUUCUUCUUCUUAUCGUGUCGACAACAGACCUACACAGUGUCAGCCCAAAACUCCGCCACAAGA